AUGCAACGAUGCUCACCCAGUGUUGCAGCACUACCGCAUAGACACUGCGUAGAACAGUCAAGUGGGGCCGUGUUGCUUGUACACUGUUAUCGGAUGUUUUGUACGAAAGUCACACUGCUUCUAUCUUUAACUCACUCCCGACACUAUAUAUCUAGAUGCUCUCCUUCUCUCAGCACCAGUUCUUAUCUCCUCGACGUCUAA